AUGUCUAGCCCUAACUGCAGCCAGCUCCCAGAUCCGUUCAAUGAACUGUCCUAUGUCCCUAUAUCGUUGGUGCGCCAGUUUCAGAUAGGGCAGUUCAUUCUUGCCGGAUCGACCGGCGCGAUGAUCUGGGAGCUACUCAGUAACCUCUCCAACGACCAUGCCCUCUUGUUCAAACAUAAAAUCAACAUAUCCACCAUCGUUUAUUAUAUAUCUCGGAUAUCCACACUCGCUUAUGUGCUCGUCAGUGUCAUAUUCGAAACUGCAGCGACAGGCCACUGUAGGGCCUUGCAAAAGGUCGACACGACAUUCAUGGGACUGUCCGUCUCCAGCACCUGCUUCCUCUUCUACUUCCGCGUUGCGGCCGUGUUCAACCGGAACCGCUACGUAAUGGCGGGGUACCUGACCGUGUGGCUCGGCGUCGUGGGAGGCUCUGCGGCGCUCAUCGCGUCCUCAACAGGGGGCACGAUUGGGCCAACGGAAUACUGCUGGACCGAGCAGAUGUACAACUGGGGCGGCGUGAUCGAGAUCAUGGUGCUCAUCCACGAUGCUGUCGUCUUCUUCGGAAUCUCUGGACGGCUCAUGCGCAACGCAUACAUUGACCUACCUCCGACAAAACGCAUGCGGUCGUUUCUGUUCGGCGACUACCUCCAGCCCAUCUCGAAGGCGCUCCUGCGUGAUGGACAGCUGUAUUAUGUGGUCAAAAUAGCGUGUGACCUGCCUCUCAUCAUCCUCUUCUACAUCACAUCGCUGUCAUUGGCGUAUCGGACGUAUUUUACUAUCCCCGGCGUCAUCCUAAUGAACGCAGUGGCGUGCUACAUAUACCGCAAUGCUCGAUUCUCCGUCGGGCAAGGCGCGCAGAGUUCUCGCACAGGGUCUGAGACGACGACGGCGUACACGGUCGACACAGGUAUCAACACCAUCCGGAUUAUGAAGACGACUGAGGUGGAGCACGGGAAAGAUUACAAAAUUGACACGGGGGAGGUCCAGGAUAUUGGCAGCUUUUCUGAGUGA